CAGCUCAUACUUCACCUCACUAAUUAGGAAAAUAAUUUAAGGAGAUCUUUAUAUUUUUCUGCUGUUAAACACAAAUUUUAAUUCUCAAUUAAUCUGUAAAUUAUUAUUUGCCUUAACGGAAUUACUAAAUGUCACUUAUAACAAUACAGUAGGCAUCGACAUAAAACAAUGUGCAAUCGAUUGCUGAUCACGUAGGCUCGGAACCUUUGUUUUUCAUCGAAUCGAAGCAUCUAGCACAAAACAACAAAUGUGAAUAUUUUCGGGCAGCAAUGGAUAACAAUAAUCCACAGAAGAAUCAUCUUGAUUAUUUCAACGCUCUGGCAUCGUACAGAACCAGAUCAUCUGUAUUCGAGAACCAGCCAGUAAUGUUUAAACAUGCCCUAGUUAGGCCUUGGACGUUGUGGCACUAUCAAAAAGGAGUAGACACCAACUAUUCUCUGCAUCAAGUACCCGUUGUAACUUUUGACACUGUCGAAGAUUUUUGGACAUGUCAUAACCAUGUGAAAUUGGCCCACGACUUAGGAAACGGGUGUGCAUUUGGUAUCUUUAAACCAGGAAUAAGACCAGUGUGGGAGGAUCCUGCUAACAUUCGAGGCGGAAAGUGGGCUAUCCAUUUGGAUGUAGCCCAACGAGAUAUGGAUUUGCACGAAACUUGGCUUAACACGGUGUUGUGCAUGGUAGGUGAAAUAUUUGAUUAUUCACUAUACAUUUGCGGUGCUUCGGUGAAUUUAAGUGAAAACGGUGACACCGUAGCUUUAUGGACAGCCGAUGCCGACCACUCCCCGUCAAUAGUGGCAAUUGGCAGAACCCUAAAACAGCAGUUGGCAAUAGCUCCUGGAAAUUACAUCGGCUACCAAACACACAACAACGCUAAGCUCAAGCACACGAUAGUCUCACCAAGAUACGCAUACUUGAUUUGAUAUUUGAAAACUGGACCAAGCAUAGAACUAAUUCUACACAAUAUCCAUUUUAACAUUAACGUAUCGAUAAUUAAAAGUGUUCGCCACAAGACAAAUUAUUCCGCCCAUUGCAAGAAUGUCAUG